UUUCAGGUUCAUGAGUGCAAAAAUGUAAACCUGAGUGUGGGUAUUCGGGUAUCUGGGUCCUUAUCUCAAUCUGUAGGAGGAAACGAAUAGUAUGGCUUCCCAAUUCUUUACGAGUACAUAAAAUGCAGCCAAGUUGAUCAUGAAUGAUGAUAAGACUUGGAUCGAUGAAGGGACUGAAGUCGCCUGCACGAUAAUGUAACAUCUAGAUCAUGUUGGUACUCACUACUCACUGUUGAAAUUGAAUCUAAAAAAGAUAACUACAUGAAAUGCUAGCAGAACUACCCUACGUGGUGCAAUACAUGGUGCUAUCAGAUUACAAUACAGUAUACUAUCAGAUUACCAGAGAAGUCUGAAGUAAUAUGAAUAAAACUGCUCCUUCAUCUUAUUCUUUCCGCUGCGCAUGUGACGGAACAUCAGGUAGAGGCAGCUCGCAGAUAGCACCAGUUCACCUGGUCUCCCCUCCCCGGCUAUACAAGCUGCCUCGUGCUGUCUCCACAUCUGAGGGUACCAGCUCCGAUACAUCAGACUCUGAUACCUCUGAUAACUCUCGGUGCCCUUUCCUUAAUAAGGAACAUCUCCCGGAGUUUCAGGCAAUGAGAGAUCAGUUGAGAGAUUUCUUCAGAAACAAAAAUAGAAUGGAACAGCUCACAAAACGCCCAUGGAUUUUCCUGCUACAGUUUCUAAAGUUAUGCCUGAUCACGGCGAUGUUGAUCUCACUCACUGAUAACAACUACGGUAUCAAGAACGCUGUACACCAGAUAAAGGAGGCCGUUUCAAGUCUCUUAAUAGAGGACUACGACCCUACAGUGGAGCCAAAAGAUAGGAAAGUAUACAGCUUCGAUCAACUGGAAAACAUGGCUAACCACGCUUUGGGAGAGUACUUUUGCUUGUCGGACACAGCUAUAUCGCUACUCGGAUACCCUAAUGGGCUCCGUCCUGAGAUACCACCCCCAGUUGAGAUAAGCAUUGAACACUUCGCAAAUGUAACCAUUGAUAGCCAAUGGAAUGUUAGUCUGAAUGAGACAAUCCAGAACUUUACUACCAGUGUUAGUUGUCACAUGUGUGACUAUACGUGCGUCAAUAGGAGCAGGGACAGGAUAUCAGCCAGACAAUUCUCACUGGGAUUGCAAAAAUACAAGAUGCUAUUUCCCCUUCAGUUGCUACUUAUCGGAUAUCUUAGCAGACCUCACUGUGUCGCGCUAAAGUAUGAGAUCAUAUUUUCGAAUUCUUUAGAGACAGGACUAGAGACAGACUUAUGGAUGCACUACGAUUUUGGGGAGUGCAAAUCAAAUCCAGAUAACAUGGACGACGAAGUUAAGUACUAUAACUAUAUAGCUCUCGAUGUAUCUGUAAUGCUGCUGAGCAUUGCCUCUACAAUUACUGUCAUCAGAAAAAUGAUACUUGCCUUCCAACUUUACGUCAAAACUCAAACCUUUAUGGGCAAAACGUACAAAAGACGUUUAAAUAAACGAGAGAAGCACCUGUUCGUGAACUACUGGUUUGUGUGUAUCUUACUGGCGGAUAUGUUGUUAUUCACUGCUGCUGUACUCAAACUAUGUAUUGAUAUUGGAACUGCUUACAAUUUCGACAUGUGUACUCUAUUUUUAGGUAUUGGAGUUUGGUUAUCAUAUCUUGGACUGUUGCGCUAUCUCUUCUUUGAUAAGCACUAUUCAAUGAUCCUGAACACUAUUGUUCUGGCUUUACCACAUCUUGCUCGCUUCAUGAUAUGUGUCAUCAUUGUUUCCCUUGCUUAUAUAUUCUGUGGAUGGCUUGUCUUGAGUCCAUAUAACAGGAAAUUUACAACUUUUUGGGUCACCAUGGAGACUCUCUUUUCUCUACUCAAUGGUGACGAUAUGUUUGCAACAUUCGAUUUAGUGAAGACGAGAUCAAUGAUAGCAACCCAGCAAAUCAUACUGGUAUUCUCUCGAAUAUACCUUUACUCUUACGUCUGCUUCUUCAUCUACGUCGUCUUGUCCCUCUGUAUAUCCAUCAUAGAGGAUGCCUAUACGAUUGUCUCAAAUUACCGUAGUGACAGUUGUCCUUGGUUACAGGACAGAGGCUUGUUUCCUGAAUUUGCUACCAGCUGGGAGCAGAACCUUCUGCGGACGGAUUUGAGGCAUAAUUCCAGGCAUUCCAGGCAUGAUUCCAAGACUUGUUAAUCUCUGUUAGAACACUACAGAUACAUUGUGAUUUUUUUGAUGAUUGUGAUUUUUUUGUGUGAUUCAUGCACAGUGAACUGACUUUUCAACUGUCAGAUUGUAUAAUAAUUGUAUAUACUUUUCAAUUUUGUACUUUGCUAUUGUUGUUCGUUUAAAAA